AUGUAUUUCCAGGAAAGAGAAGUUGACGGUUACGGACACGACAGAGAAAGGGAGGCACAUUCUUUUCUCGACACUUUAUCAGAUACACUAGACUCAAUUUGUAUAGAGGAGCUUGGCGAUGGGACAAGUAUCUUCAAUGGGGAUAGUGUAAGGUUUGAAGGAUUUGAUAUAAACAGAAGGCUGUUUUGUUUGGGUUCAAAUGUCAAAGAUGAAGAUGAAAAUGACAAUGAAGAUGAGAAUAUUAUCAAGAACAUUCUGCCGCAAAGUACAAAGUUAAGAGGGACAGUAAGACAAAAAGGGAAACUUUCAAGAGGCGUAGUCUUGGUGGCCGAGAAUUCCAAAAGAUGUCAUGCCGAGUCAAGCUUAGAUUUGAGUGAAGAUUAUGAUACGCAGUAUGACGACAGCUAUGAAAUAAUAGAACAAGAAGAGAAUAGUGUAAGGCCAUGUGGAUGUCAUAAAUCAAGGAAAGCUAAAUGUUUCAAAGAAUUAGAAAUUGAAAGUUUGGAAAAGGGCGACAUAAAGAAAAGCCUAUUUUAUAAAGAUAUCAAUGAAUGGUGCAAAGAAUAUGAAAUCAAUAAAACUAGAGAAAUUUGUGUACCAUUGAUACACGAGUUUUGCUUGAAUAAAGGCGAUAGCGAUAGCUUAUUUUGA